AUGGGCGACCAAGCCCCUCCUGUUCUCACGGCCGUGUCGAGCUCAGCGCGCCAGUUGUAUCACCUCCUGCGCUGCAUUGCCUUCUCCAAUAAAGCGCACGUCCAGAUUAGCGACCUAGGGCUCAAGCUCGCAGUCGACGAAGCCAGUGUUAUGGAGGCCUCCGCCUUCCUCGACAAGUCCCUCUUUACAACCUACACCUUCAACGCACCCGACCCACCCCAAAGCUCGCAGCACUCGGACAGCGACGACGAAUCCGAUGAGGCAUCUACAGCCACGCCUGCCUUUCAAAUCUCCUUGCCGGCCCUUCUCGAAACCCUCCAAAUAUUUGGCCUUACCGACCCCGCCACAUCCAAACCACCAUGGGCUCGCGACACGCCCUACCCCUCCAGCACCGCCUUUACCGGCAACAAUAUAAUGGGCGGCAUGAACAAUCUGUGCAGGAUCAACUACCAUGGUUCAGGGGCGCCACUAGCAGUCACAUUGACAGAAAUGAGCAUACGCACUCAGUGUGAUCUGACGACGUAUGAGCCCGAGUACGCCGACGAGAUUCCCUUUGACCGCCAGGCGCUUGCCCUCAAGGUCAUUAUGCGGGGUAGUUGGCUGUACGACGCCGUCCAGGAACUGUCAUCUACGAGUCCCGAAAAGCUGACCAUGUACGCUAAAAGCGUGCGCGGCAAGCCCUUCUUCGCUCUCUCGUCAUCCGGCACCCUGGGCUCGGCGCGCGUCGAAUUCAACAACAACCAGCCCCAACGCUCUGCAUAUCGCACCCCAGCACCUACCCACUUGAACGCAAACACGGACGCGGCCGAUCAGUCUUCGGCAAACGUGCUCGAGACGUUUCAGCUCAGCCAUGCAGACACGGUGUUCCGCUCGAGCUACAAGUUCAGCUUGAUUCAAAAGGCGGCGCGCGCCAUGAGCGUCGCCACUAAAGUCAGCGUGCGAGCAGACACGCAGGGGGUGCUGAGUCUGCAAUUCAUGAUUGAGGUCGAGGCGGCUGCUGGUGGAGCAUCCGGAGGUGCAAAGGUUAGUUUUGUCGACUUUCGCUUUGUCCCGCUGGUCGAGGACGAGGAUGACGAUGACGCCGAGGGUGCAAAUCUCGACGACACAAUCAUGCAUGAUAUAUCUGCCGGCGAUGAAGCCAAUGGAGACUGA